UGACGAACUACCUCUAUUUGGUGGAGGACUAUGUUGUAAAAUCUUUCAAUUAGUUAUAUUUCGAGAAAUAGUUCAAAUGUUGGGAGAUUUGGUCGAUUGCGCAAUUAACAACUUAACUGGAGGAUGCACCACUUCAACGACCCAAUGCCAAAGGUUAUAUUGUUGUUGAGGACAGUGCCGUUUUAUUCUCUGACUGACUGGUUAGCUGCUAGCUAGCUAGCCAACAGUUGGAGUAGCUAGCUAAUCUUAAAAAAUCACGUCUCCAACUGGCCUGCUAACCUAACUUAAUUUACGUUAAAAUGUAUUGUAAAGGAUUAUCUCGCUAGUUGAGUGUUUUUCUAUGCGUUAUUUGUUAAGCCUUUAUGCAACCAUAGGAACUGGGUUUCUGGGUAUUUUAUUAAGGUUAGCUAGUUAGCUACGAAUAGUCAGUCGCAUGCAGUAACUUGAGCCAAAAGUCUUACUUCAUCUAACAAAAAUGAGAUAGAAGGAAGACACCAAGUACAUUUCCCGCUGAUUUAGCGGCUCUGAAUUGGAUCGAAAGCUUUGUGUGUGAGGCCUGCAGGUCGGGCUUUCACCGGGCUAGAGUAGGGCCGUACGCCGCCUGUGAGCACUCUUAGGCCAGCUGCUAGGCUGGAGGCCGGGGAUUUCAAGAAAUGGAACGAAUGGAAGUGGACCAGUGCGCAGGCGCAACUACCGGGAGCGGAGGCGGGGCUCUUCGUAGAUCGAACAGCGCCCCCAUGAUCACAAGUGUCAGUGAUGGUAUGACAGUGUUCAGUCCAACUAGUUCAGCCCGGUAUCGGCGGAGCAGUGUCUCUGUAAACCCCAGCUGCCCUUAUCGGGCCAUCCCCCUGUCCCCUUUCUCAUUGGGUGGUGAGAGGCCAGACCACAAAAGGCAGGAAGAGAAUAUGGAGAUGACACUCAGGGGUAGUCUUCAGAGACUAAGUGCUUCCAACCUGGUCCCUCCUCCUGUCAGUCACUGGCAUGACCAUUCAUCAAGGGGAUUCAAUUCACAGGACAGUGGUGUCACACCCAAUUCGUCCCCUAGUCCAACUCGAAGGUGGUUUAGGGGGCCUACAGUCAGUUCUACUGUGAGAUGGCCUGCCCUGACUCCACUGAAAAGGAAAGGUGGAGUGGAGUCUGAUGGCCCGCCCAAGAAGCUGUUUGUUGCCGGGGUAACAGAUCCUGCUCACCGGACUAGUUACACAGUCAGUGUGUCCCAGGCAUCUGCAGACUCUCCUACAGGUGGUGUGUCUGUGUGUGAUGGUAGUCCCCUGUCCCUGUCUCCUCCCCCCUCUUACCACCCCAACAUCUAGACAACCCAACACCAGGAGCCUAUCACAGACCAGGACUACAAUCAGUCAGCCUGUCAGGGCCCUGGAUCCCUCAACACUCCUACCAAAUCUUCAAAGCCCCACCCACCUAGUCCACCUAUCAGAGCCUGCGAAUCAACUCAGUAAGCCUACCAGAUCCCUAGUUUCUACGCAAUCGGGCUAUCAGGGAUCACUCCUCUCUCUCAAACCAUCAGAGCCUUGGAGAAACAUAUUCCUUGGCUCCUGAAGUAAUCAGAUCUUGAUUUGUAAUCAAGAUAAUAUCUAGAUGUUAUACAAAGACUGGCACCCGUGCUUUGUUAAUCAGAAGGUUGCAGGAAAUGCCCUGCUAAAGGAAGUUGGUGAUCAGGUGACCAGCGCAUUGUAAGGUAGUGUCAGGGUGAAGAGAUUGUGAUGACAAUGUGAAAGCACUUAGAAAAUCGUUUGACUAACUUCUGGACUCACUUUUCGCUGUAGUUGACAUGUGGGUUGUGUUGUGAUAACCAAUAUCAACUAUGGUUGUCAUUUUCCUUGUUGGGAUUUUGUUUAUCUCAUAACUAGAGGUGUUACUGGUACUGUAAAACAGAACAAGUUCUUCCAAUAGUCAAGAAAAGGCCUUGUCCGAAGUUGUGUUCAGAGGUAACGUUAUAUCCCACUGAACGGGACCCAAUAGUUCAGUAUUCUUUGAUAGUCCAGAAGUUAGAACUCAAACAUGAAACAUUAAGUCACCAGGGCAUCACAGUGGACUGCCGAGCCGGUGGUGGCUUUGAGCUUGUCGAUAUGUGAAUACGCGGCUAUGAGCAGGGCUGCCUUUAUGGCCCCCUCACUUUCUCUGGCUGUGGGGGUUUGUACUGUAAAUAUAGAUUCCCCAAGCAAAGCUCUGCCCAGAGGACCCUCACAAUCCUGGUCCUUAACAGCCCAAUCCUAAUGAGAGUUCUGCAUGGAUACUAGUAACAAAAAUGUUUAGCACAAAUCUGUCAUUGACAUGACAGGGCAAUUCCACAGUAUCAGAGUGACACAAACCACAUUUCCAUCCACAGUUUUUAUGCUAGUAAAGUCAUAUCGUAUAAAAAAAAUUACAACAGCUGUGAUGGUAGCAGGAAGUUUCAGUACAAUUUUAGAAAUGCCGACAGAUAAUUUGUUCGUUCGAUAUGGUGGGAUCUUUUUGUGCCUGUAAAAUUAAUUAUGCGAGAAAUGGCUUUAUGCGCUACUAUUGAUAUAAUUACCAUCAUAUCGAAGUAAACUUGGAGUCACGCGAUGACGUGUGGUCCUCCCACUAGGACUCAGGGAAACCAUGCAGUUUAUUAGGCUACAGAUGAAAUCAGUUAUGAUGAACUUCACAGGGUGGUGAAAGUGCAUGGUAUGAGCUUGAUGCUACUUUCCAAUAAAUGUCGAGGGUCUUAUUCUGGUGACAUGAUGAUCGAUGCUUGACUGCCGUUUUGACAAAUACAAAUAUUCUCG